CGGUCCCGGGAGCACCGAGGUCACCGGGUGACUCCCCUGGAGGAGAAGACAGUCAUGGCAGCUAGAAAGGAAAGAGUUUGCCAGAAGCACCAGGAGCCACUGAAGCUCUUUUGCGAGUUCGAUGAAGCCCUCAUCUGCGUGGUCUGUGAGCAAUCCCAGGAGCACCAAUAUCAUGACAUCGUUCCUGUGGAGGAGGCCUCCCAAGCGUACAAGGAUCAGUUCUGCACUUAUGUGGAGAUUCUGCAGAAGGAGAGGAACAAAAUCCUGGCGUACAAAGCCAGUCUAGUGAAGGAGAGCCAAGACCUGCUCAAGCAAACCAGGGGAGAGCAACAGAAGACACUGAUCAAAUUCAGGCAACUACAGAAGUUUCUGGAGGAACAAGAGAAACUUUUGCUGGCCCAGAUGGAAGAGGUGGAGGAGGAGGUGGCAAAGAAAAGGGACUGGCACCUGGCCGGAAUCUCUGAGGCCCUCUCCUCUCUGGAAGGCCUCAUCCGGGAGAUGGAGGAGAAGAGUCAGCAGCCAGCCGAAGAUCUCCUGCAGGAUGCCAGAAGCACCUUGCAGAAGUACGAAGAAAAGGUGUCAUUUGAGAAUCCCGUGGCUUCUCUGGCACCGAAGUGGCGCAUCUGGGACAGCUCGGAUUUAAAUCCCCUUUUGGAGGGCAUCGAGAAGCAACUCAAAGACACUCUGGAUUCUGGAAUUCACCUGCAGAAAGCAAAUGUGACUCUGGAUCCAGACACGGCCCAUCCCGAACUCAUCCUGUCGGAGGGACAGAAAAGCGUGAGAGAUGGAGGAAUAGCUCAAGCCCUGCCCUACAAUCCUGAGAGAUUUGACAAGUGUAGUGCUGUGCUGGGCCGUGAGGGAUUCACAGGAAGCCGCCAUUUCUGGGACGUCCUUGUGGGAACUGAGGAAGGCUGGGCUGUGGGGGUGGCCAGAAAGUCUGUGAGGAGGAAGGGUGGCUCCAUCAUUAAUCCUGGGGAAGGGGUCUGGGCUGUGGGGAAGUGGUCAGGGACGUACCGGGCUUUCACAAAUGAACAAAGGCAUCCCCUGACCCUGACCGGGGAGCUGAAGAGGAUCCGAGUGUGCCUGAACUACGCUGGGGGGCGAGUGGCCUUUUUUGACGCUGACCAAACAGCCCUGCUCUACAAGUUCUCUGGAGCAUCCUUCCUCGGAGAGACCCUCCUGCCCUUCUUUUGGGUGUCUCAAAAAGGCCACCUCAAAAUUUCUUCUUAAGACCUUUUUUCACACCUGGACCAUCAGUAAGAAAAUAUUAUUUCUCAAAGAGCCCCCCUUUUUUUGAGUCCUGUAAAGAUGUCUCCUGUCUCCAGCCACCAAAACUGAGUAAAAUUUAAACAUUUUUUCCUUCCAUCACCCAACAUUCCUUUUUUAAUUUGUUAUUUCUCAAAGUGACAGUAACACCUUUCACAUUGUGAAGAAUAUCAGGCUUGUUCUAAAGUUGAGAUUCAAACAGACCCCCUGGGCCCUCUCCAGCAUCCUUUCUUCUCCCUCCCCCCCUCUCCCCUCCCCUCCCCCUGGGAAUUUUUGUAUUU